CUCUCUGAACGCUUUGCAAAGUUAAAAACAGACUUUGUUUAUCUUGUUGGCCGUUUGCUGAAAUCCUAUCCGACCUGUUAACCUCCUUUCUUCCCCGUCGUCUUCGUCAUUUUGAUCUUUUCAGCCGUGGACGCUGAGAAGUGUGCUAAACUCUCGCAUUCCGCGCUUGGUUUUGUAGCAUUUCUAGUCUCUUUGCAAUUCAUUUUAAGCAUUUUGUGCUCUUUGCAAGGAGAGAUCGUGCAGCACAAAAUAAGGAUCAGAGGGACUCGAUUACUUAUCGUUGUUGAACGUGCUGUUUAACUGUAAACCUGCAUUAAAAUAAAUUGCAGUUGUAGGCUUGCUGUUUUUGGAGGUAAAUCUGUUGCAACUGAAAUCAGCUCGAAGGAAGAAGCGCACCGCGAGGAGGGUUUUUAUCGAGCCACUGAAGAGCGCCAUGGCGACCCAAGUGGAUGCGUGGUCCACCGCUCCUAAAGUCGACGGGAUGCUUUCUCUCGAUGGCAACCUGGCUGAGGCCAAACAUCCCUACAGUGACGAUGACGACGAGGCGCUGAAUGACGCGGAGGUCAACGGCAACUGGACGCCUCAGGAGAAGGCACUCCACGAGGCACGUCUCAAAGCCAAAGCCAAACGUCGCCUGCGCAAGUCCUCAUCGCGCAACUCCAACAGCGAGUCUCUCUCUGAGUCGGGAGAUUUGGCAGGAAGCGACCCGCACAGUCCAAAGGGCAAAGUCAACACUCACGACCGCAAAUCCAGGACGGGCAAAGGCCGAGGUCUGCCGAAAAAAGGUGGGGCAGGGGGUAAAGGAGUUUGGGGUGCUGCUGGGAUGGUUUAUGAAGAUGAGGAACCGGAUGUACGUGACCCCAACUAUGAUGAAUCUGCUCAGGGGGACACUGUUUAUGCAACAGUUGUGCCAGAGGUAGAUGAGAAGGAACUGGAAAAAAUGGUCAACCCCAUCGUACAGGAGUACUUUGAACAUGGAGACACAAAAGAGGUCCAGAUGUUGCUGAAGGAACUCAACUUGGGCCCACAUAAGUACGAGUUCUCUUCUUUGGCCGUGUCCCUGUCCCUCGAAGGCAAGGCCAGUCACAGAGAGCUGACCUCCCGCCUGCUGUCGGAUCUGUCGGGCAAGAUGUUGUCGCAUAGCGACAUGGCCCGCGCGUUCGACAAGAUGCUUAAAGAGUUGCCAGACCUCAUACUGGACACACCGGAGGCUCCACAGAUGUUAGGUCAGUUUAUAGCCAGAGCCAUAGCAGACCAUGUCCUCCCCAUGAACUUCCUGGAUUGUUACAAAGGCAAAGUGGACUGUGAGCACGCCAGAGUGGCGUUAGACCGAGCUGCCGUUCUGCUGACCAUGAAGAGGGAGAUGGUUCGUCUGGAUAAUGUGUGGGGUGUCGGUGGAGGACUGAGACCUGUUAAACACCUCAUCAAAGAGAUGAACCUUCUUCUCAAGGAGUACCUGAUAUCAGGAGACGUGUCCGAGGCAGAGCACUGUCUGCGGGACCUGGAAGUCCCUCACUUCCACCAUGAGCUGGUCUAUGAGGCUAUAGUGAUGGUGCUAGAAUCUACAGGAGAUACUGCCAGUCAUAUGAUGAUGAAACUUCUUCAGUCCUUCUGGAAAACGGGCCUCAUCACUGUAGAUCAGAUGAACAGGGGUUUCCAACGCGUUUAUGAUGAACUUCCAGAAAUCAGCCUGGAUGUGCCACAUGCCCACUCCAUCAUGGAGACCUUUGUGGAUCUCUGCUACCAGGAGUCUGUGAUCACCAAACAGCUGAGAGAUGCCUGCCCCUCCCGAGGGCGGAAGCGUUUUGUCAGUGAAGGAGAUGGCGGAAUAAUCAAGAACUAAUUCACAAGAAAAAGAAAAGCAGGAAGAGGAUGAGGAGGGAGGGAGACGUCUACUGGCUCCUGCACCCAGUUUUUGCCUCCGCAUGUUCGACCGAAACCCGUUCCUCUCCUGAUAACGAUGUUAUACAAAACCAGCAUUUACAUUCGGUGACAGUUAACUGAAGAGUGACCUGGUCGUUCAGUUCCGUUCAUCUUGUUAAUCACUGUUUUUGACAAUUUUUGAAGAAAUACUCUGCAUUGUCUGGGGUUGAUGCAAACCUUUUGCCUCAGUCUUUGUACUUGUUAAGAAUAAUUCUAGUUAAAGCUGUGGAUAGACAGGUGACCAGGUUAGAUUUUGUGGCAGAUGAAUAGGUUUUUUUUCUUUUUUUUUAAAAAAAAAAAAAGCAUUUUCUUUGUUCCACUCUUUGCCAUGUCUUUUCUCUUUUUUUUCAUACUGUGCACUAUUAAUGGAAAAAAAAACACUUUAAGGACAGAGCAGACUGUUCAGUCAGAAAGCACUUGGUAAUUUAGCUCAAGAGCAAGGAUCUAAACCUUCUGCCACAACCUUCUGGAAAUUAUUUUCAAGAACAGCAUUCAUUGUUCUUUAUAAUUCAGGGCUUUUUGUUGAUACUUUAUGAACAGUGCAUGUUCUUUUUUUCUUUACAUUGUGGUCGCUUGAGACCAAGCAUUUACUUUCUGAAGCAGCAAUCCAAGUGAGAGUUGUUCAGUCUCUCUUUGGGUGUUUAUUUGGCAAAUGCAUUAGAGCAGGUAUACUUCACAAGCCAUUUCUAACAAUAAACAUUGGGGUUAAUGUGUGUAAAAUUAUAAAUAUGUAAUAAUAUUUUGAACAUUGCCUUUGCUGGCAAUUACCAAAUGUAUCUGCAGCCACGUGGUCAGUGGAUUGUUCUGAACAGUUCAUUUCAUACGGGAAAACCAGGCUUGAUGUGCAGAGCAUCUGUAAAUUGUCUUCAAAAGAAGUUGGAGUUUGGUUUGAUUGAGGAGGUCAGGCCGUCAAACAGAUUCCAGAAGUUUAAUACCUCAACCAGUUUGUGAAUUACUUUUCUACCCCUGUCAAGCAGUUUUACAUGUUGUCCAAAGUUAUGAUAAAUAUUUCAUUCAAAUUCUUUCAUUCAAUAAAUGAUAAAAAAAAAUAAUAAAAAAAAGUAGCUGCAUUUUUUCCUUUUGGUUGCUGUUUAUUUCAGCUGCAUGAAUGAAAGGGUAACCAAGAACAAGUGACAAGCCAAGCAGACGUUUACAUAUUUUUUUAGUCGGUGUAUUUUUCAACCCUCAUCCUCUGUUGUGUAGAGCGGGUUUGAAGUCAUCAACUUCAACUUAAAACAGAAGUGUUUACAGAUAGCCUUUGGUUUGGUUUUCACCCAUGAGUUGACCAAUGUCUAUGGUACAUUUUAAGAUGCCUGUUUAAAUCUGUGCACCAUGGUCCUAUUGAGUCUACAUACCAUGGUAUUAAUGAUUGAGGGGAAUUUACAUUUUAUUUAGGGGACUUAUUUCCUUCUUUUUUUUUUUUUGGAAAAUGCAUGCAGCUGUUCAUUGUAGAAGCUAAUGUUUGUGUUCUGCAGUCAUUUUUAAGCAUUAUUUUCCGUUUUGAGCUGCAACCUCUCAACUCAAACAGAUUUUAUAUACUUAAAUAAAAUGACAUGUUUCCCUCU